CAGAUGUUGUCUCGUGCAAGAUUCGAGAAACGGAAUCCCCCAUCCCCUGUUUUCCAUGUUCUAUGCACCGUGAAAGAGCCUGACAGCCCAGCGGACAGGUUCUAUACCUUGAACAACGUGGGUGGGUAGGUAGGCGUAAUCCUCCCUGACCUAACCUAAGACCAAACUUCCGUGCUUGACCCUCUUCUUCUUCAGUCCGUCAUCAUCCCCUUCAUAUCCUAUCCUGUCCCGGGAUUUUACGCCAAAAGAAAAAGAAAAAGAAGAAAGGGACAUAAGGAGGACCAAUUCAUUGCGUCGCACCUGUGCGCCUGUCCAGUGCCCACGCACCAUUCGAGAAAAUAGCUGCCUCCUCAACUUCGCCUCUUCUGCCAACACCAAUCCCCGAGACACAUAGCAUUCCGCUGGGCCGAAUCGGGAGCCACCUCCACGACUCGACCGUCGCUGAUGACGACAUUGGUCUGAGCCCAAGAUAGCUCUUCCGCUAACCAUUGCGUCAAACGCACACCUCAACCUAUUGAUUGUCGCCCAUUCCGCCCUUCUUUGCUGCGCUAAGUCUGUCUAAAGACGCCGCCAUCGAUCCUCAAGCUUGCAGCCCAUCCCCGCUGCUGCGCUAGCCUGAGUCGUCUCCUUCCAACACCGGCACUCAAGGUGUCUUGGUGUCUUUGAGACGCCCACACGAUGGCCGCUAGAUCCCCGCUCGCGUCUUCAUCUCCCACGCCGAGGCCCAACCACGCGCCGCACCUCGCUGACUCCGACUCAUACAGGGAAAGAGAAAGGGAACGGGACAGAGGGAGAGACAUGGAAGAACGAGCUGACCACGGCGCCGCCGCCGCUAUGAACCCAAAUCCCACCUCGUCCUAUUUCCCUCAACAACCCGCCCAGCCCUCUUCAUCAUACACCUCGACUGCCGCCGCCGCUACCUACUCUACUCCUCCUCAACGAACUGCUCCUCUGCGAUACGGCGAAGAUCAAGAGACGCAACACAACACUCUAGCCAACUCUCACACCGGGCACAACCUGGCGCAAACCCUUCCUUUAGAGAGGGACGCCGCCAACAACAACCGCGCCAACCUGGCAGUACCUUUCGCUACGGCUCGCGGCAAGUUCACAGAAGAAUGGGAUGCGAGCCAAAGAGGAAGUAGCAUCAUUGAGGGUCACUCGUCCAACAUGCCUCGUUCCAACUCAUUCGUCUCCAACGGCGGGGAGGAUCACCUGAAUCUUCCCUCGCGCCACAACACCCUCAAGAAGAAGAACUCGCUGCGCAGAAACGGCAGUCUGAAGCGCAGUAGCAGUCGACGAAGCAUGAAGGCUGGAAGCGUCCGUAGCCUAGCUCUGCAGUCCUCCAACGACCCCGACGAAGUACACAGCGCAUUCCACUGCCCCGUUCCGACGUCGGGAAACCCAACCGAUGCUUUAGCCACCAGGUUCCAGUCAUGGCGCAAGAUUCUCAAAGACCUUAUUGCAUACUACCGUGAAAUUCAAACACACUACGAGCACAAGUCCAAAUCGUUAUUGAAGCUCGCCAACGUCGCCAACAAUAUUUCUAGUCCACCCGGUUUCCUCGACUCGGGUGGCAUCGAUGAUGCGCUACAAAUACUGCGGAGCUACCACAAGGGCGCCAUUCUUGAAUCAAACAAGGCCAAGGAGAUCGAGGAGGAUGUCAUUUUAGCCCUAACUGGUCUGCGAAAUGACCUUCAUCAGAAGAUUAAGGAGAUCAAGAACUUGUCGGGCGACUUCAAAAACUUGGUAGACAAGGAGAUGGAUGGCACGAAGCGCGCUGUCAAGGCGCUACAAGACACCUUGGGCCAGGCUGAUCUGGACCCCUCUUUAACGACCGGAAAGCAAGAUCCGUACCUACUGCGUCUCGCCGUCGACAGGCAGGUUGAGCGUCAGAUCGAUGAGGAAAACUACCUCCACCAGGCCUACUUGAACCUGGAGAAUUCUGGCCGCGAACUCGAGGCCAUCGUAGUGGGCGAGGUCCAAAAGGCUUACAACGCCUACGCUGGCAUCCUCAAGCGCGAGUCCGACGCCGCUUACAACACCAUUGAAGAGCUCCGCGUCGGCCCCAUCUCCAUGCCCAAAGACCAUGAGUGGGCGAACUUCGUCCAGAGAGACGACCAAUUCGUGGAUCCAGAUAUUCCACUUCGGUCCGCUGAACACAUUCACUAUCCGGGUCGAGAACACGUCGCUUGCCAGGAAAUUCGCGCGGGACUUCUUGAGCGCAAGAGCAAGUACCUUAAGAGCUACACAGCUGGCUGGUAUGUACUUUCUUCGACUCAUCUCCAUGAAUUUAAAUCGGCAGACAAGGGCCAAGCCCCCGUCAUGUCGUUGUACCUUCCAGAGCAGAAACUAGGUUCGCACUCUAGCGAGGGCGGGUCUUCGAACAAGUUUAUCCUCAAGGGUCGCCAAACUGGAUCGAUGCAUCGUGGCCACACUUGGGUCUUUCGGGCCGAGAGCCAUGAUACAAUGAUGGCUUGGUACGAAGACAUUAAGGUCCUUACUGAGAGGUCCCCUCAAGAGAGGAGCGAGUUUGUUCGUGGACAUGUACGAAGCCUGAGCCAGUCUUCACAACGAUCCAUGAGCAGUGACGGUGUACUCGAAGACGAUGACGAUGACGAACCAUUCUCGGCGGGCACGGCGGUUGCAGCAAGCACGAGUUCAAGACAAGAUGCCCGCCGUCCCGAAGCAGGUGGGCGGUUCCCAUCUGACAUCCAGGUCAACGCGCAGCGAGGCUUACAGGCACCUCUUUCGCCCUCUAGUGUAAGCUCCGGACUCGACAAUUCUGAUCGUGACGCAGUCAUGCCAUCCGCUGCCUUACCAGGCAGUAUGUUGGGUGUCUAUCUCGGUUAUGACGAGCACCCGAAUGGAUAUGGGGGUACGGACCAGACGCCUAUGGAGGAGAUCCCGUCUCACGCUGCUAUAGUGACCCAGCAAGCUCGCGAGGACGGGGUGAAUCCCUACACGCGCGAGUCACUUCACCGAUCGCAAUCUUUGACUCGUGGUCAGCAGGCAGCCUAUAUUCCCGACACCGACGUGCAAAGAACUCAAAGCCAACACGUGACACUCGACAAUCAUGAGGUGGACUCCAGUCCAGUAGCAUCGGCCGAUUAUGGUCACGUUCUCGAGACACCCGGCGGCAACGGACAAUACGACCAGUGGAUGAACGGUACCAGAAAGCCCUCUCCAGGCAUUUCCACCAACAAUGUUUCCGUCGCCAGAACAGGCAAUGAACGUACCCAGAGUAAUGACUACCUCCAACAAAACGUCUCACCCGACGCUGCUGUCGCCACGUUCAUUCCCAGAAGCCAGGGUGCGUCUCGUGAACAGCAGCCAAUCUCCGCUGUUCGGCCUACGUCUGGCACUGUCAGAAACGACAGCGUUCCAACAAUCUCCAAUCUUCACAUUCCCGGGGAAUACCCAAAGGGAAAUGCAGCAACAAUUGAAUCGAGUCGAUGAACGAUUGCACUGGGUAUCCAUGUGUGCGGAAAUGGAAACGGUUCGGGAAGGAAAAUGGGUAAGAUGGGGACAUUGGAUUGGAGAAUUGCCUCGGGGUCCACGGCGCAAACUUUCGUCAUCUCACGUCAAGUCUGACACACUGAUAUAUUCCUACGAGAAAAUAUCUUUCACUGCUCCGUCCCAAGUUGACGAAAAGACGGGUUGACGGGAACCAGGGCCCGCAUGAGAAACGGGGAUGGGAGCUUUUCUUUUCUUUUACGUUCCAUCAGUAGCUCUGCCGCAUUCCCAUAUCUAUUAUCAAGCAAGUCACAUUCCUCAGGGCCUUGUCCUUCCGGAACGCCACAGGCAUCGAUGCCAUAACCGCACUCAUGAGCCCCUGACAAAUACGGCUUGAAGCGUGAUCGCCGUUACCAGCAAGACUCUCAGACUUCCGAGACCUACACCAG